ACUUUAUGGCCAUGUCGUUUGAUGUUGCGAAGCAGAAGAUGCGUCUGCGAGAAACGUUUCCCAAUAUUAAAGAGACUGGAAAUUGCUUCUAUCUACAGCAGUCCUUCUCCGGAUUCACCUAUGAUAUGAAACUUACUCUUACGAACAACUUCCCAUCAGGAGGUGUGAUUUUGGAGUUCACAAAGCCUGUUGAUUGUAAACUAAUCGGUAAAAACUGCAGUUAUGUGAAUGAUCCGCGCUUAACCAACUUUGAUGGAAGGCAAUGGCUUUCCGAUGUUUUGAGCGCUGUUUUUAGGGAUUUGCAAGCUGCAGGUGUAUAUCCCAUUGACCAUGGAAAGUCUCCCUCCUUUCUGCCUCCUCCUACUGCUUCCCACAUCUAUGGCUACUCUCCAUCCGUGAUCAGCACAUCUUCCGCUUCGGGAGUCAUGAUGCCCCAAACAACGAGAGGCGUGAGUCCCCCGACUCCUGGAAUGGGAGGAAUGACUCCGAUAAACAUUCCGGACACCAGUGAGGGCUGGUGGCCCUAUGUGGUGUCUGCGAUUCUCCCCAAAACGUCGACAGAGGACUAUCUGCAAGAUCUUCUGGCGCAUCCGGAGAAAGCCGAUUCGCUGCUGGACAGUCAGAAAUGUAUUCAGCAAAUUCUGCGCUUCCCUUCUGCAGAGGAGUGGAUUAAGCGCUUCGAAACCGCAGCGAGCAGCUUCGAGAAAACGCUGGAGGAGGCGGAGGCUAUUCAGAAGGAGAACAAGGAACUCAAGCAGAGCAUCGAGACGAUGCAGACGUAUAUCAGCAGUCAUAUGAAGGUAGGCGCGGCAAAAACGUGCGAAAUAGAUGUAUCAACCGCGGGAAUUGAUCGAGGCGGUGAACGAGCAAAUCGAGAUGCGGAAGCAGCAGCUGGAGAUGAUGAAGACGGAGCUGUGCAACCAGGAGAUCGAAGUGAAGGUAGUGGAGAGAGGGAUGUGUAA